AUGGCUAAAGCAGAACCAAUUGCUAUUGUUGGCCGGAGCUGUAGAUUCCCUGGGGGUUCUUGUACCACAGCGCGACUAUGGGACCUUCUACUCGAGCCUCGGGAUCUCUCUUCUGGGCCACCUUCAGGACGGUUCAAUGCAGAUGCCUUCUACCACGAGGAUCCAAGACGCCCUGGAAGAACCAAUGCCGCCAAAUCCUACUUUCUUGACGAACCAAUAGACCGAUUCGAUGCACCCUUCUUCAACAUCUCGAGAACCGAAGCUGAGAGUAUCGACCCCCAACAGAGACUGCUAUUAGAAACAGUGUAUGAAGGCCUUGAGACUGCCGGAUGUCGCCUGGAGGAUUUAUCAGGAUCGUCUACUGGGGUUUUUUGCGGCGUCAUGUGUGAUGACUAUCGAAGCAUGGUAUUCCGGGACUUGGAUACCCUUCCCCGAUACGCUGCGACAGGAACUUCACAAGCCAUCGUGGCAAACCGAAUCUCAUACUUCUUCAACCUCCGCGGGCCGUCAAUCACAGUUGAUACGGCAUGUUCCUCGAGUCUGGUAGCGGUACACUUGGCGGCAAGGGCAUUGGCAGACAGGGAUUGCCGCGUUGCUGUUGCGGCUGGGACAAACUUGAUCCUGGCCCCUAAUGUCUUCCUCAGCGAGUCAAGCCUUAACAUGCUGAGUCCCACUGGUCAUAGUCGCAUGUGGGAUGCCAAUGCAGACGGAUACGCUCGGGGUGAAGGCGUGGCGGCUGUGGUGAUGAAGCGGCUAAGCGAUGCAAUCCGGGAUGGCGAUCACAUCGAAUGCGUGGUGCGAGCAACGAAUGUGAACCAAGAUGGAAGAACUCCGGGUAUUACCAUGCCAUCUCCGGAGGCACAGAAAGAAUUGAUAAUGAAAACAUAUGCGGACGCCGGAUUAGACCCUCAGAACCGCCCCGAGGAUCGGUGCCAAUACUUCGAAGCUCAUGGUACUGGGACACGUGCUGGAGAUCCACAGGAAGCUAGGGCGAUUCAUGAUGCCUUUUUUGGGCCGAGUACUACAGCUACCCAGCAAGGUAGUGCAUUGUUGGUUGGAUCCGUAAAGACAAUCAUCGGCCACACAGAAGGAGCAGCAGGCCUGGCUGGUUUACUUAAAGCGUCCCUGUGCAUCGAAAACGCCACCAUCAGCCCAAAUAUGCACUUUCAGAACCUUAAUCCUGAUAUUUCUCCUUAUGUAGGCUCACUGCGAGUGCCAACCGAAGUUCUCCCAUGGCCGACCCUUUCACCAGGAGUCCCUAGGCGUGCAUCAGUUAAUUCAUUUGGCUUCGGUGGUACUAAUGCCCAUAUCAUUUUGGAAAGUUACGAUGCGGGACCACCGAGCCAGCCUUCCAAGGGAUCACGGGUCAUUCUUCCCUUUGUGUUUUCAGCAAGCUCUGAGUGGGCUUUGAGGCAACUACUGGAUCGCUAUUGUGCCUUUCUUGAUGAUAAUCCCGACAUUGACUUAACGGAUUUGGCGUGGUCACUGUUCGCUCGAAGGAGUCUGCUCGGCCACCGACUAUGGUGCUCUGCAUCAUCAGGCGCAAAAUUAAAAGAUGCCAUACGACAAGAAAUAUACUCCCGGCAACCUGGAACCCCUGCAACUAUCAUGAGAAACCCAAGCUGUGGUCCAAAACGUAUCCUCGGCAUAUUCACUGGUCAGGGAGCACAAUGGGCAAGGAUGGGGAUUGAGGUUAUCAGAGCAUGCCCUGAUGCAGGUGCCUGGAUGAAUGAAAUGCAGAUAUCCUUGGACGAGCUACCAGAGCAUUAUCGCCAAACAGGCUUUUCGUUGAUGCAUGAGCUCUCAUUGUGGCCUGACACAUCACGGAUAAACCAGGCCACCGUGUCGCAACCCUUAUGCACAGCCGUCCAAAUAAUAUUGAUCAAGAUUCUAUCGGCUCUAGGAAUAGAGCUCUCAGCUGUUAUAGGGCAUUCAUCUGGUGAGAUAGCUGCCGCCUAUGCAGCCGGUUUCAUCACGGCCUCUGAUGCAAUUCGCAUCGCUUACUUCAGGGGCGUAUUUUCGCGACUGGCACGGAGCAACAGCGGCCAGGCAGGUGCCAUGGCAGCCGCUGACCUGUCCCACGACGAAGCGGAAACUCUGUGCAGAGAGCCAAAGUGGGCAGGUCGAGUGACUAUUGCCGCCUAUAAUUCUCCGAGUAGUGUAACACUUUCAGGAGAUGCUGAUGCAAUCCACGAGCUGUGCAGCGUGAUACAGGAUGAGGGAAAAUUCUGCAGGGCGCUCAAGGUGGACACUGCGUAUCACUCAGAUCAUAUGCUGGCUUGCUCAACCAAAUAUAAGAAAGCGCUGGAGGAUUGUGGCAUCACGUCGACUCGGAAGAAUCCUGCCACCAAAUGGUUCUCUAGCGUAUUUGACGGCCGCAUAAUGGGUCAGGAUACUCGAGAGCUACUCUACUCGGAAUACUGGAAUGAAAACUUGGUCAGCCCAGUUAGGUUCAAUCAGGCCGUGGUUGCAGUAACCAGCGAUACGAUAUUUGACCUUGCCAUCGAGAUUGGCCCGCAUCCAGCUUUGAAGGGGCCUUUCCAGCAUAGCUUACUAGGUGCCGAGAUACCCUAUACGAGCAUGCUCAAACGUGGCUCAGAUGACAUGCUAUCGGUGGCAACUAUGAUAGGGACGUGCUGGGAGCACCUAGGACCGGACUCCAUUCACCUGGAGGAAUACACUAGACUUUGUGGUAGCACCCGUGAGCCACAGCUCCUGAAGUCCCUCCCAUCUUACCCAUUUGAUCAUCGGGAGGCAUAUUGGGGUGUGUCGCGUCUAACGGAUGCUGCGCUUAAUCGUAAAGAUAAGCCAGAUGAGCUUUUGGGAAUUCUUUGUCCAGAUACAGGUGAAGGUGAGUGGCGUUGGCGUAACCACCUGCGCCACGAGGAUAUCCCGUGGAUUGAUCGACACCGUUUUCAGUCUCACAUCAUUUUUCCCAUGAGCGCAUAUGUGGCCAUGUUGUGGAACGCUGUAACGGUUAUUACAAACGCCCAACCAUUCCGCUUCGUCGAAAUUUCUGACGUUGCAUUACUGCACACUGCUGUGCUAGAUGGUCAAAUGGAGCAGAGCUUCGAAACAUUGUUCACGGUUGACGUAUUGGCUGACGAUAAGAAGCUCAUCCAUCUGGCCUUCGCCUGUUUUAUUGAAUUUGAAGGCUCUAUGCGGCGUUGUGCCUCAGGUAAGGCAUCCCUCCAUAAAGGAGAUGAGUCCCCAACGCUGCUACCCUCUCAACCCUUUGAUGAUGGCAGCCUGACGUUAACGGAUGCUGCUCCAUUUUAUUCAACACUCGCCAGGGUUGGAUAUGAAGUCUCUGAAGAGCUCAAGGUGAUUUCCAAGCUGCAGUAUAAUGUCCCUCAUACUCGCGGAUUCUUAAGGAGCCUGGAGCAGACGUGCCCGAAAACUCAAGUUCAACAUGGAGCCGCGCUUGAUGCUUCAAUUCAAACUCUUCUCGCAGCUGCAGACGCACAUGGUCCAAGGCCAUUAUCAGGUCCUUUUGUGCCGAGUAAGAUUAGGCGGAUUGCUCUAAAUCCCAUGUUACUCCACUCGGGCACACUUGGGGAUCAAGUGACAUUCGACAGUAUCUUAAGCAAUGCCACUAGCUAUGAAAUAGAAGGUGACGUUGAUCUCUUCGCAAAGGGGGGACAAGGGAUUCUGCAGCUAGAGGGUGUUAGUCUUGUGCCAGCUAUGGACCCGGAUGCAGGCAGUCACAAAUUAUUUUCAGAAGUCGCCUGGGGCCGUUUGAACCCACAUGCCUCCGCGGAGAGCACAGACCUGCGCACAAGGGUGAAGGAUCAGGACCCAGAGACGCACGAGCGGAUUGCCCUCUGCUACAUGGCCCAUGCGGCCAAGCUCGUCCCACAACAUAAACGCAUUCACAUGGGUGCCCAGACCAUAGGGCUAUUGAAUUGGAUCGAUAAUGUGCUAGAGCAGACGAGCUCGGGAGGUCAUCCGGUCUGCCGUAAGGAGUGGAUGCUUGAUACAAUCGAACAGGUUGAAGCGCUGGCGCCCGAAGGGUCAAGCUGUAGGACCUAUGACAUUCUGCAUGCGGCUGGCAAAGACCUCGUUAAGGCAGUCCAGCAGCAGGGCGAGAUAGAUAGAUCAAGCAUUCGUUUCGAUGAGUGGCAAAGACAUUCUGCUGACGUUCUUGAGCUCAGGUUUGGCAUGCGGGAUGUGCUCAAGCAGAUCUGCUUCCGAUAUCCACAUCUGAAUAUUCUUGAGGUGGGAGGCGGAGGGUACGCAGAGGCAGACGAUUCUUUUGCUGGUAUGGGCCUUGCCUUCAAGGCUUAUACACGUACGCAGCCACCCAAUUACUGCGCGAAGAGAUAUAGUGACGUGGGCAACCAACAUGAGCAUCGGAUGAUGCACCUUGAUAUUUCCCAACGUCCAGCGGAUCAAGGCUACACGGAGCAUUCGUACGAUGUGGUUCUAGUCCCCAGUGUACUCUGCCCUACUAUCUCCCGUGACCAAGCAUUGUUGAACCUUCGUCGCCUCUUGAAACCAGGUGGUUAUUUGUUGGCUAUCCAGGAGACAAAUCCAUCUGUACUCCAUCCGAUGCUCCUUGCACCUUCCGUGGGUCUUGGAAGAGAGGAAAUAUGUACACCCAACAGGUGGCACUCUGCCCUUCAGGAUAGUGGCUUCUCCGGGAUCGAUACAAUCACCCCCACCGUGGACAAGUCUUUGCAACCAUACUCUUUGGUAGUGUCUCAGGCCGUGGAUGAUACAGUCCUUGCCCUCCGAGACCCAUUGAUGAGAGCUGAUGCAGCCCCAGAUGACCGUGACAUUUAUAUCAUCGGGGGCAAUACUCCAGAAACCGCGAGCCUUUUGCAGGGGCUAGAAGCAAUUCUGACCCCAAGAUUCGGCACCUUAUUCAAGGUUCCGGAGCUGAAAGCAUUACGCGUGGUAGGCCACACCAGGUUGAAUGUCCUUUACUUGUGUGGUUUGGACACCGCAUGGUCUGAAGACCUCGACGAAGAUCAAUACAAUGCGCUCCAUCAUAUGGUGAACGUAAGUGACAAUAUCCUUUGCGUGAAACGAGGCACUAGGUCCAGUAUAUGGAACGAAGGAAGCUUUACUGCUGCGUUGCGAAGUCUCGCAUCGCAGAAGCAACAACUUCGCCUGCAAUGUCUUGAAAUGAGCCAUGACACCCAGACCACCGCGUGUAGCCUUGCAACCGCGCUUCUCCGGCUAACUAACAAUCCCCUUACUAAUGAUCAUCAAUUCCCAACACAUGUAUGGAGCAAUGAGCCCCAUUUGCUAUUGGAGGGUGGGGUGGUCUACAUCCCCAGGAUCAGGCAUAGUGAAUCAAUGAACCAACGGGCGUCUGCGGAUCAACAAACCACAUACCAAGACGUUGAGCUAUCAAAGUCUGGAGUCCGCCUGGUUUCCAAUCCGGGCGAUCAGCACUUGGUCAUACAGCCGGCAAUGCAGGAGGAACCCCAAAAGACCCGCAUCCAAGUAGCAUUUUCCUCGCAGUCGGCAAUCAAGGUCGGUCAUGAAUGUUUGUACCUUGUGGCUGGCAAGGUGCUCAAUGGGCGGUCCUCUGUUAUUUGUCUUUCGGACGAAUCUUCUUCGGUUGUUUCAGUUCCGUCUUGCUGGGUCCAUCCCUUCGAGUGUAUUGCACAAGACGGGGCCAAGCCCCUGAUGGCGGUGAUUCUGGCCCUGACAGCUGUAGCAGCAGUCCGCCUCGCCGGCUCGAACAGCACUCUAGUCGUCCACGAGCCUUGCAACACUCUUCGGGAGCUGUUAGUAGCCUAUGCGCAUACACAAAGUGUGUCAUUGCUGUUCACGACUGGUAGUCCCGAAUCUGCCACUUCUGAUCAUUAUAUCCAUCCAUUGAGCCCCAAUCGCGCUCUUGCCAAGUUACUUCCAGAUAACGUAUCGAUGAUCUUGAGGUGUGAUGAGGAGACCGGGGGCAUAUUCUCUCGCUCAGACCUACCGCUAGCUCCGGGUGCUUUUGUGGCAGAAAUCGGAAGCUUUUUCUCCUCUGAACCAUACAUGCACAGUCGUGAAGCGAACAAUUCUACAGCUGCAGACUUUCUGCACUUGGCUCUUGGUCUGGCAGAGAGCAAGAUUGUCGCGAAAGUCUUGGAGGUCAGCGUGAUUAACGUCCAACAGCUUGCUGAUUUGAAACCUGAUACAGGACUACCGGCCGUGGUGGAUUGGUCUAACCCCUCCACUGUUCGAACCAUCGUGCAGAAAGCUAGCUCUGAGUUUGUGUUCUCUGCAGAGCUGGCUUAUCUCAUUAUAAAUCUAGACGGGGCAUCUGCUCAGCUUGUAGCAGAACUAUUCAUUCAUAAGGGUGCUAGAAAGGUCGUACUCAUAAAUCCAUCUUUUGGUUUUGAUCAGGUUUGGAUACAUGAAAUGGCCCAUCUAGGAGCCCAGGUAAGCGUCAUGAGCAUGGACAUCACCAAUCAGGAGUCGGUCAUUGCAGUGAAAACUACUAUAGUUCAAGAUAUCGGCCAGAUAGGAGGUGUUAUGAGUGGGGUUAUGACGACGCCUGACCCUGAUGUUACUCCACAUACGGCCUCCCAAAACACAUCACUACCUGAGGUCCACGGCGCCAGAAUCCUCAGCGAAGUAUACAAUGAUUGCGAACUGGACUUCUUCAUUCUUUCCGCCCGAAAUAUGUGGCCAGCUAGUUUUGCAAGCCAAAAUGCCACUUUUCUGAGUGACGCCCUUUUAUUCGACACUGCAUAUGAGAGAAGAAGUACGGGAUUAGUAGCCAGCAUAAUACAUUCCAACUCUCUUGCGAAAAUAGGUCUUUCGAAACAGGACAUUGGUGAAGUAUUGGCAGAAGCAAUCAUUGCCGGCCGCGUGUCUUCGCAUUGUCCCUUAAAUGUGAUCCCCGCGGCAGCUAUUGGCCAGAGCAUGGAAAGUUCAGACGUUGCUUGCUCCCAUAACCCAAUCCUUUGGCCUAUAAUAAGUCCCAAGAGUACUUCUUCGCUGCCAGCGGAUGGACAGUCCAGAGAGGAAGACCUCACCCUCGAAGAGGAGCUGAGUAGGAGUGACCGGGAGAUUGAUAGCUUGCAGAAGAUUAUCCAGGAGAGGUUUACUGCAAAGCUUCGGAAGGUCCUUCGACUGAGGGAAGAAGAGCCUAUUCUUGCCAAUACCGUAUUGUUUGAGCUAGGGGUGGACUCAUUGGUUGCUACCAGCCUUCGGUCAUGGUUCGUGAACGAAUUGGGUGUUGACAUGCCAAUUAUGAACCUUCUUAAUAACGCUUCUAUUGGUUCAUUAGUCCAAUAUGCUGCUAAGGAGUGGCUUGCCCAACUAAUGAAGCAAGAUGAAUGGGAUUCACCAGUUUCUUGGGCACAGGGGCGCUCCGAAAUCUCCGGCUCUGCUUCACCGACCACCGGAAGCUCAGGUGCCGCAUCCAGUAUGGGUGACAUGUCAUUGAGCAAAGGAGAAUAUUCUCGAGUAGAACACCUAUCAUAUGCCCAAUCUCGCUAUUGGUUUCUUCAACGAUACUAUGAAGACCGGACAGCAUUCAAUGUCACCCUCCUUUUUACUAUGGAUGGUCAACCAUGUGAAACGGAUCUCCAGGCAGCUAUCCAGACUGUCAGCCAAAGGCACCAGUCCCUGAGAACGUGUUAUUUGAGUGAGGGAACAGGGAUGAAGAAUGCAUGCCAGGCCAUCUUGCCGACCUCUCCAGUAAAGUUGGAGGUGUGUAAUAUUGACGACGAAUCCGGGAUUUUGGAUCAGUAUACCAGAAUCUGUGACCAUCCGUAUGACACUGAGAAGGGAGAAUGUAUUCGAUUCCGCUUGAUCAGAACUGCUGCGACAGACAGCACAUUCUUGAUCAUUGGCUACCCUCAUAUGUGCAUGGAUGGUGCUAGCUGCCUCAUCCUCCUUGACGAGCUUGACCAAGCAUAUAGGAAGGUCUCCCUGCCAUCGGUUUCUCGCCAAUAUCCGGAUUUUGCAGCGGCACAGAGGAUCUCCUAUGAACAGGGAAGGCUGCAUAAAGAAUCGGACUACUGGAAAAAGGAGCUGAAUCCGCUGCCGGAACCGCUUGCACUUCUUCCAAUGGCCAAAGUUCGCUCUCGUCCACCUCUUAAGGAGUAUGACACGCACGAGCUUCAGUUCUGUAUCUCGAAUACCAUCAUGGAUAAAAUUCGAUCUCAGUGCCGUAGGCACAGAGUCACUCCAUUUCACUUCUCUCUAACAGUAUUGAGGAUUCUUCUGGCUCGUCUUACCAAGACCCAGGACUGUUGCAUUGGAGUGGCUGAUUCUAAUCGACUGGAUCCUAACAACGAAAGCACUGUGGGAUUUUUGUUGAACUUGCUGCCGCUACGUUUCCGGAUACUUCCUGAUAAUUUUAUGGAGGUUCUUGCGGGGACUCGGGAGGCAUGCUAUGGUGCGCUGGCCCACUCUGGUAUGCCCUUCGAUAAACUCCUCGACGAAUUAGCAGUCCCUCGGAGCAACACACAUAGUCCACUAUUUCAAGUCCUCAUGGAUUGGCAGCCUCGCCUUGGAGCAGAAGUGAAAAUUGGAGACAUAACCUCAUCCUGUACGAAGAUGGCUGUCGGACGAACAAUCUAUGAUCUUACGCUUCUCGUCACCGAGUCUGCUCAAGGCGAUGCGACAAUUCACUUCCGGACUCAGAAAGCACUUUACUCCAGAGAAGGAAGUGAGGUUCUUGCUCGCAGUUACAUCAACCUUCUGGAAGCGUUCACAGAUGAUCUUGAGCUUCAAGUGAAUGCUCCACGCAUUUGGCACCCUUCAGAUCUGGACCGCGCUGUUGAGGUCGGCCAAGGCCCCACUUACAAGGCCCAAUGGCCUUCUACUGUUUCAAGGAGGAUUGAGGAAAUCUCUUUCUCCCAGCCCAGCCACACUGUCGCUGUAGUGGAUACCAAGGGCCGAAGCUUCACCUAUCGGGGUAUGAUGGAUCGUGUGCGCACGUUGGCCUUCGCAUUGCGGGAUGUCGGCGUCGGCCCAGGUUCGUUUGUUUGUGUAUUCCAACACCCCACCGCGGAAUGGGUAUGUUGCAUGCUUGCUAUCUGGCGCCUCAAUGCAGUCUAUGUGCCACUUGACCUACGUAACCCCCCCAGUCGACUUAGGACAGUCAUCGAUGACUGUCAACCAACGGCUAUAUUUUGUAAUGAUGAAACCGACCCCGACGUUAGAGAUCUUGACUGUCCUGGCGCGGUGGUCUUGAAUACUUCAGAGAUAUGUGGCUACAGUAGCUUGCACUCAAACGUUCAAGAUAGCUCGGAUCCAAAUGCUCCUGCUGCUGUGCUUUACACAAGUGGGUCGACUGGCAAGCCUAAGGGUAUCCUGCUUCGACACGCUAGUAUCCGAAAUCAGGUUGAGGGAUACACACGGCGCUGGGAGUUAGGGCCUGAGGUAGUACUCCAACAGGGUGCCAUGACAUUCAAUCAUUCCUUGGAUCAGAUAUUAACGGGUCUAUGUACUGCUGGCCGCGUGAUCGUGGCCGCACGUGAUAUUCGCGGUGAUCCUGUGUCGCUUACUACGUUGAUUGUCGACGAACAAAUCACUUAUACCAAAGCCACUCCAGCAGAAUAUUCAAUGUGGCUGCGGUAUGGGUCUGCCUCACUGCGCACAGCUAGCAGCUGGAGACAUGCUUUCGGGGGUGGCGAGCACCUUACGACUACACUCUCUCAGGGAUUUCAAGCGUUGGAACUACCCCAUCUGUCUCUAUACAACUCGUAUGGCCCAGGAGAGGUUACUAUUUCCUCUCACAAAAUGAAGAUUGACUACCACAAGCCUAGUGCAACCCCGGAUGAUAUUUUUCCCGUCGGCUUCUCGUUGCCAAAUUAUACCACAUAUGUUGUCGACGAGGCUAUGCAGCUCGUUCCCCCCGGCGUCUCAGGCGAGAUUUUGAUCGGGGGUGCCGGGCCGUGCUUAGGAUAUCUUCAUCGUGAAGCCUUGACUACGGAGAAGUUUAUCGAGAACAACUUUGUAUCAUCUGAAUACCACCAGUCUGGCUGGACCAGGGCCUACAGAACUUUCGAUCGUGGUCGCCUACUGAGUGACGGCUCCCUAGUGAUCGAAGGCCGGCUAGACGGAGACACACAGGUCAAGAUCCGUGGUAUACGUAUUGAACUCGAAGAUAUCGAAAAUAGUAUUAUCCAAGCCUCAGAGGGCAAGGUGACGAAUGCGGUCGUCUCAAUUCAUGGUGAGGACAGCCAGCUGCUUACAGCUCAUGUUGUCCUUGCACCGAGUACGCAGGGAGAUGCACCCUCAAGCCUCAACAGCUUCCUGAAGCAACUACGAGCUACGCUUCCCCUUCCACAGUAUAUGUGCCCUUCCGUCUUCAUACCAGUUGAUGACUUCCCUCUUACCAUUCAUGGUAAGGUAGACAGAAAGGCUAUUCGUGCCAUGCCACUUCCACAAGCAUCCACGAGCAACCCCUCUGUUGAGGAGCUCUCUGGGACAGAAGCAAUGCUCCGGGAACUCUGGGCUCAGGUUCUGGAAUCGACCGCACUAGAUACCACAGGUGUCGGUCGCGAGGAUGACUUCUUCCUGGUGGGAGGAAACUCUGUUUUGUUGGUCAAACUCCAAGGGCUCAUCCGGCAGGCCCUGCGGGUCUCUGUGCCGUUAGUCGAGCUUUUCUCAGCUAGCACAUUGGGUGACAUGGCUGGGGUUGUACAAAACCUGUCCAUCAAUCAGGAACCAGCGAGGCCAGCAACAGAUCACGGUAUCGUCGUCGUAUUAACUGGCGCCACGGGCUUUCUAGGCCACGUCGUUCUCCAGCAGCUCCUUGCAGAGCCUACGGUGUCUCAUGUAUAUGCUGUCGCGGUCCGUACAGAGGGCAGAGGCAUUGGCCGACCUCUUCCUGCGGGCUCUCCUAAAUUCACCGCGCUGAACGGUGACCUUAGUGAACCCAUGUUUGGGCUCAAUGAAAGCACCUUUGCUUCGCUGGCAGAUACCGCCCAUGUCAUAAUCCACUCUGGUGCCAACCGGUCAUUUUGGGACGCGUACCCCAUCAUUCGUGGUCCGAACGUGAUAGGCACCAAAAAUGUCGUCACCCUUGCCAGCCACAGGAACAUCCCGAUCCAUUUCCUGUCCAGUGGUGCAGUGGAGAAGGUAGUUGAAAGCUAUGACUCCCCGCCGACGGAUGGCCGUAAUGGAUACCUCGCAUCCAAGUGGGCAAGUGAGAAAAUUCUAACAGCGGCGGCCGAAAGGACUAACACGUUGGUGACCAUCCACCGGCUAACGCAGGCGCCGAAUGUGCAACCACCUCCGCAGGAUAUAAUCGCCACCUUUUCUGCAAUAGCGAGACAGAUUAACUGCAUUCCAACGGCACAAGGCUGGGGUCGACUGAUCUCCCUUCUACCACUCGGAGAGUUGGCUACAUCUAUUGUAGGUCAUGCAUUAACCAGCGUUGACGAGCAGCAAUCAGCAACAGUGUCAAUCCAGAAUCAUAUGAUUUCCACCACAUUCGAACUCUCCAAUGCAGCAGAAGCUGUUGAGCGGGCUGUUAGAGGACCCAGUCGCAUGGACUCUCUGCAUAUGCUGUAUUGGCUUGGUAGAGCAAAAAGGGAAGCAAAAUUCCCAUGGUUCAUCGCUGCGCAGGACGUCAUUGUCAACUCGGAGGGUCAAACGGUACGUGUGGAGCUGGACCAGUAA